AUGGGUGCUCGAAAGCAAAAGUGGACUUCAGAGGAAGAGGCUGCUCUUAGAGCUGGCAUAGCAAGGUAUGGAGUGGGAAGUUGGCGCCUGAUAUUGAAAGAUGAUGACUUCCGUUCCAUCUUGAGCUGCCGGUCAAAUGUUGAUCUAAAGGACAAGUGGCGCAACAUCAACGUAUUUUUCACCGAAUCAGGCUCUAUGGAUAAGGGAAGGACUGCCAUGAAGAAGAACCGAGCUGCUCCUAGGAGGAAUGAUCACCCAGUGGCAAACAGCACAGUUGCUUCUGAUGUUGAUGACGAAAUUGUUGAUGAACAGCCUAUAGCAUCAAUGUCAAGUGAACUGUGGAAUGUUUCAAUUCCAAAGAAAUCACGGUCAAGGCUAAACAAUAUCAUAUUGGAAUCUGUCAAGAACUUGAAUGAGCCUACAGGGUCACAUAGCACUACGAUUGCUAAGUACAUAGAGGAGGAAUAUUGGCCACCUAGUGAUUUUGAUCGCAUGUUGUCUGCAAACCUGAAGGACUUGACCACCAGUGGAGAACUGAUAGAGGUAAAUCGCAAGUACAGGAUUGCACCUGCACCUGGUUCAAUGUACUCUGAGGGACGAAGCCCCGAAACACUGCUGCUAGAAGACAUGCAAAGAGAGCCCCAGAAAAUAGAGAGUGAUGAUAUUAAAACCCUUACAAAAUCUCAAGUUGAUGCUGAAUUGGCGGAUAUGAUAACCAUGACUGCCGAAGAGGCUGCAUCCGCUGCUGCUCGUGCAAUUGCAGAGGCAGAGGCUCUCAUGGCAGAAGCUGAAGCAGCGACAAGAGAUGCGGAGGCGGCAGAAGCAGAUGCCCAAGCUGCACAAGCUUUCGCGGAAGCAGUAAGGAACAGAAACGUUACAGAACUGGUAAUAGCCCUAGUCUUAUAA